AUUCACUUUCACACUUUGGUACAAGUAGCUACUCUUUAAAGAAAUGUCACUGAAAUUUUACUUCAAAUACGCGUAAUAAAAUUGAAACCAUAAAAGUUGUCUGCGAUUAGUUUGAGUGGGUCCCUUGACUCGAUAUCUGUACCUUCGUGAGCCGUGAGUUGGUGAAGGCAAAACAGGACUUUUGGAGUACAGAGAUUUUCUCAUAUUUUCAUAUGAAGUCCGGACGAUAAACUCACCAGCAAAUACGGCGUUGGAUACUUCAAUACCUAUAGAUUCACAAGGUUUGAUCUGACCGAAGGCUUGUAUAGCAGUUCGGUCAAAAUCGAGGAGAGGAUCGGUGCCAACUUUGGCAGACGGUUGAAGCGGAGACUUCAAAAAUGGAGGACAAUUUAUUAUCUAGUAUCUGUUUAAAUUGUAAGCGGCAUUCCAGUUCCACGCCGUUUUCUAGAACAAUGAAACAAUUAUUUGUCAUUGCGAUUAUAGCUUUAUUAACAAUUGACACAGUGGCAGGGCAAAGGGGAGAUAUUCCACCUGGUAGGGACUGUGCAACUAGAUGUUCAACAAGUGGCUGCCAAUGUGUUGGAGAAAAAGGCUCAAGGGGGUUCCCAGGAUCUCCUGGACAACGAGGGGAGAAAGGAACUAUGGGAUUUGAAGGACCAGAAGGAAUACAGGGACAAAAAGGCAACAAAGGAGAUACAGGACCACCAGGCCCUAUUGGACUUAAGGGAGACAGAGGCAAAAUGGGAACACCUGGACAUCAUGGAGUCAAUGGAAUUCCAGGCUUCCCAGGCCAUAUUGGACCCAAAGGAGAAUCUGGUUUCCCAGGAUGCAAUGGAACAAAGGGCGAGCCUGGUCUUGCUGGACUCCCUGGACUACCUGGAUCAAGUGGGAGAGAUGGUUUACCUGGACAGCCCGGCCCUAAGGGAGAACCCGCCAGAGUCAAGGACGGCAUUAAAGGACAAAAGGGAGACUAUGGACAAAAUGGCCGACCAGGCAACCGAGGCCAACCAGGUAGAGAUGGACCUGAAGGACCCAAAGGAAACCCAGGAUUUAGAGGACCACCAGGUCAACAAGGAUAUGAUGGGGUGCAAGGGCCCAAAGGUAACAUGGGGAUAGGUAUCGAAGGUCAGAAGGGGGAGCCUGGUUUUCUUGGCGCCCCUGGCCCCCCUGGACCAGCUGGCCCAUCAAUAAAUGGUUCCGAAUUAACAGGGAACGUCACAAUCUUAGGACCACCUGGUCUUCCCGGAAUGAAAGGAAUGCAGGGCAUGAAGGGAGACAGUGGACCCCCAGGCUUUAAUGGACCACCUGGCCAAAAUGGUCUACCAGGUGUCCCAGGAAUGAAGGGGGAAAAAGGAAUUCCAGGUAUCGCAGGGCCAAGGGGUAAGGAAGGUCUACCAGGCCCAGAGGGUCAGCCAGGUUAUGUUGGAGACCCAGGUGCAGCUGGUGCACCAGGACGACCAGGUGCAGGUGGAAUGAAGGGAGACCGGGGACUUGAUGGCCGCGAUGGACCCAAAGGUUACCAAGGACCUCCAGGGCCACCUGGUGGUAGUGGGCCAAUUCUUCCAUGUGAGAAAGGCGUAAAGGGAGAAGGAGGACGACCAGGAUUUGAUGGCCUUCCAGGUAGCGAGGGACCUCCAGGACCACCUGGCCCCCGUGGCCCAGACGGCACCAGGGGACUCCCAGGAAACCCAGGACGUGAAGGACCAGAGGGACCAAAAGGAAACAAGGGAGAUGGUGGUUUACCAGGCGCUCCAGGUAUUGAUGGAUUUGAAGGUCAACCAGGACCCCAGGGAGUCAAGGGAGAACCAGGUCCAAGUGGAGAACCAGGCAGAGCUUUUCCAGGAGCUAAGGGAAAUGUUGGCCCCGCUGGACGAGAUGGCUUUGAUGGAUUACCUGGCACAAAGGGAUUCCAAGGCCCCCCAGGUCCCCCUGGUGACACAGAGGGUAUCCCAGGACCCACAGGCCCACAAGGACCCAAGGGAGAUCGUGGUCUAAGUGGACGAAAUGGACAAUCAGGCCUUCCUGGUUUACCAGGAGAUAAAGGUGACCGUGGAGGUGUAUGUCAAGCAUGCUCCCCUGGUCUUAAGGGAGAAAAGGGAACCCCUGGAUUUGAUGGUCUACCAGGGCCCAGAGGACCAGCAGGGUCAGCGGGUGAUCCAGGACUUCCUGGACAACGUGGUGAUGAUGGUCUGUCAGGAUUACCCGGACCAACUGGACAAAAUGGUAAUCCAGGAUUACCAGGUUUGCCAGGAGCCAAGGGAGCAAAGGGAAAUCCAACUCAAGUCAAUUCUAUACCAGGACCAAGAGGUUUCAAGGGAGAACCAGGUCAACCAGGAUUUGAUGGUUUACCAGGGCAAGCUGGCUCAGCUGGCCCCCCAGGACGUGACGGAAGAAAUGGUCUACCAGGUGCCCUAGGAGCUAAAGGAAACCCAGGCCCAGCUGGAUUUAAUGGCCUUCCCGGAGCCAAAGGAAACACUGGCUUGCCUGGACAAAUUGGAGACCCUGCCUAUGGUACAAAGGGAGAUAGAGGUCUUGAUGGUAUUCCAGGUUUACCAGGACAGAAAGGAGAACCAGCCAAACCACCCACAGACAUCACAGCUGGACCUAAAGGAGACAAGGGAGACCCAGGCUUUGGUGGACAGAACGGAUUCCCAGGUGUCAAGGGUGAACCCGGUCGAGAUGGUACACCAGGGCUAAAUGGUUUGCCUGGCAUGAAGGGAAAUGCCGGAAUAGAUGGACUUCCUGGUGGCCCUGGCCCCAGAGGGUUAACGGGACAAAGGGGCGAGAAAGGCACCGCAGGACUCCCUGGUCUACCAGGGGCAAGUGGUCCCAAAGGAUUUGAUGGACUGCCUGGUUUGCCAGGACGUGAAGGACCAAAGGGAGAGUCCUGCAGAGGUGUUGGCCAGAAAGGAGAGCCAGGGCUUGACGGACUUCAAGGAACAAAAGGAGAGUCUGGUUUACCCGGACGUCAAGGACAAGAUGGACUUCCUGGUACCCCAGGAAGUCGCGGCGGAAGUGGAGAAGAUGGUUUACCAGGUGUCGCUGGUCUACCAGGUCAAAAGGGAGAUAAAGGUGCCUUUGGAGUUGGCGGAGUUCCUGGAGAACCCGGACCCAGAGGACCUGGUGGACGCGAUGGAUUCCCAGGAUUACCAGGAACAAAGGGUGACCGUGGUCGAGAUGGGCAGGAUGGUUUACCAGGCGCUAGAGGAGAAGAUGGUUUAUCAGGUCUACCAGGAAGCCCAGGUCUUCCUGGAAAUGAUGGUUUCCCCGGAUUGGAUGGGCCAGCAGGUGAAGAUGGAUUCCCAGGUAUCCCAGGAGAAAAGGGAGAUGGAGGGCUGCCUGGAUUACCAGGGGCCGCUGGACCUAAGGGUGCAUCUGGAUUCCCAGGUCUCCCUGGUAUGAAGGGGGGAAAAGGCAACUUUGGUCUCCCAGGUACCCCAGGGGCACCAGGAAAUGAUGGACCAAAGGGAAACAGCGGAUUACCAGGUCUACCAGGGUCUAAAGGAGAGGCAGGGGAAGCAGCUCAGAUCGGGGAGAAGGGAGACAGAGGACUCGACGGAGCAGCAGGAAAUCCCGGACCAAAUGGACAAGAUGGAUUCCCUGGUCUACCAGGAAUAAAGGGAGAGGAAGGCCCAGCAGGACGUGGUGUAGAUGGUCCCAAAGGAGAGCCAGGCCGCCCAGGAUUGGAUGGUCUUCCAGGAAAUGAUGGCUUAUCAGGACAAAAGGGCGCUGAUGGACUACCUGGAUUUGCUGGUAUGAAGGGAGAGCGAGGUCUCGAUGGAUUGUCAGGGACUCCGGGACGUGAUGGUAUUCCAGGGUUACCAGGAAUGAAAGGUGACCGUGGUUUGAACGGAGUUCCAGGACCUGCCGGAGAUAAGGGAGAAGCAGGUCUCCCUGGACAACCAGGAUUCCCAGGAGAUAAGGGUGACAAUGGUCGCAAUGGACUCCCAGGUGCCCCAGGACGCUCCGGAACCAAAGGAGAGAGAGGAAAUCCAGGUCCCCCUGGAAUAUCAGAUGGUGGCCCAGGAUCCAAGGGAGAUCGAGGUUUCUCAGGACGUGAUGGACUUCCAGGACUCCCUGGCGCAAAGGGUGACCCAGGCUUCCCAGGACUCAGCGGACAACCAGGUGCCAAGGGAGCAGAUGGCUUCCCCGGACUUGAAGGAAGACCAGGCCCUGAGGGACCAAAAGGAGAUGCAGGACUCCCAGGUCUACCAGGGAGAGAAGGGCGACCUGGUUUAUCAUCAGAGGGACCCAAGGGUGACGAGGGUCUACCAGGUCCACGGUGUUUUGAUGGCCCUAAGGGUGAUCGUGGUGGCAAUGGACGUGACGGCCUUGAUGGGCGUGAUGGCCAAAAGGGAGAGCCAGGAACGGCAGUACGUGAGGGACCCAAGGGUGAUCGAGGACAGGAUGGAUUCCCAGGAAUUCAAGGACGUCCAGGUCAGGAUGGUCUGCCUGGAGAGGCAGGACUCCCCGGACUUCCAGGACAAAAGGGUGAAGAAGGCAGACCAGGACCACGAGGACUGGACGGACUUCCAGGAGCAAGAGGACCAGCUGGACCUAGAGGACUCGAUGGCCAACCUGGAGCUGAUGGUCUAUCAGGCCAAAAGGGAGAACAAGGAAGAGAUGGAUUCCCUGGACUUCCCGGGGAGAAGGGAGACAGAGGUUUGGAUGGCAAUGAUGGCCAGCCAGGUGGCCCAGGAACACCUGGCCGUGAUGGUGGAAAGGGAGAACCUGGGGAUACUUCCAUCCGUGAAGGACCUAAGGGUGACCCAGGACUGCCAGGUCAGCCAGGAAAUGAUGGUUUGAAUGGAAGACCAGGACAAGAUGGUCUCCCCGGACUCACUGGCCCUAAGGGAGAAUCUGGUAAUGAUGGCCCUGCUGGAUUCCCUGGUCUCCCAGGACGACCAGGUGAAAUUGGAGAACGAGGUAUACCUGGACGAGAGGGUCUAGAUGGUCUUCCAGGACCAAGGGGUAACCCAGGUCUCCCAGGUAGCCCUGGUUUACCAGGUUCAGCUCUCCCAACUGGUUAUCUAAUUGUCCGUCACUCCCAGACAACAAGCGUCCCACAAUGCCCACGUGGACACACAAAGCUAUGGGAUGGAUACAGUUUGUUGUAUUUGGAAGGAAAUGAACGUGCGCACAACCAGGAUCUUGGACAAGCAGGUUCAUGUUUACAAAGAUUCAACACAAUGCCAUUUGUAUUCUGCAACUUUAACAAUGUAUGCAACUACGCUAGCCGCAAUGACAAAUCUUAUUGGUUGUCAACGACCGCACCUAUUCCAAUGAUGCCUGUUGUUGAACAGGAGAUUCAGCCAUACAUUAGUCGAUGUGCUGUAUGUGAUGCUCCUGCCAAUGUUAUCUCCAUACAUAGUCAAACUCUAGAAAUACCAAACUGUCCAAGGAACUGGGAGUCCCUCUGGAUAGGAUACAGUUUUGCCAUGCAUACCGGAGCAGGUGCCGAAGGUGGUGGCCAAUCACUAUCCAGCCCCGGAUCUUGUCUAGAAGACUUCCGUGCAACUCCAUUUAUUGAAUGUAACGGUGCUAGAGGCACCUGUCACUAUUUUGCCAACAAAUAUAGCUUUUGGCUUACAAUCGUUAACGAGCGAGACCAAUUUACAACUCCACGAUCAGAAACUCUUAAAGCUGGCAAUUUACGCAACCGUGUUAGUCGUUGCAAUGUCUGUAUGAAGCGUGUAGAUUCAAACUUUGGAAACAGAGGCAGGGAUAACUUUAGGAGAGGCGGGGAUCAACCACCAAUUAGGAUAUAGACAUAGCAACUAUGGGGUAACCAUAGCAACCAUGCUGUCACCAUGGUAAUCUAAUCAGAUUCUAGCUGAACAAAUUCGGAACAAAUUAGAAUGCAAAAAUGGAUAUUUUGUAAUUUGGUUGCUAGUGUGUUACUACGUGAUGUAGUGGUUACCAUAGCAACUGCAUAUGAUUUCAAUGGUGCUGUGUUAAAUACUAUAUAACAUAUAAUUAAGGUGCAUAGUGCCAAAAUGGUCAGUAUAUAAGAAGAGGCUUUUAAUGUAAUAUAAAUAAUAAUGUAUAAUAUAAUUUUAUAAUGAACUGAGAUCAUCAAUAAUGCCAAUUUUUGCCACAUUUUGUGCACGAAAAUUACAAAAAUUGACAUAAAUUUUAUAUGGGAAUUUUCUCAGAACCACAAUGAGAUUCUAGAAAUAAACAUUUACAGUGUUUUUAAGUGGAUUUAUAUAAAUAAAGAACAAACAUUUUAUAAUAACACAUUUUAGUAAAUGAAGUCGCAUUAUGUUAAUGUUAUGAUACUCUUGCAUUUAAUAUAUACACUGCCAUUUGCAUUUAAGAGUGAACUUGUAGAUAUCAACAUUUUGUAUCAGUUGACACAGAUGAUGAAAUGGUGGCUAAUAUGGUUACCAUGGCAACAGAGUAUGGUUUCCAUAGCAACAUUGUUUGGUUACCAUAGUAAUAGGUUGAUCGGUUCCAUAGCAACCUUACUGUUUGUUUGUCAAUUGAUGUUCAAGAUUGGACAGCCUGAUGGAACAGGAUUGACAUAUAUCCAUACAGUCAAUUGUUUAUGUGUUAGUAAUGAGGCCUCAUAAUAAAUGUCAACAACUGUCAUUGAUUGGUCAGCUCUGAUCACAUGAUACAGAGUUCUGUGUUUUGAUUGGUCAUAUCAUAUCAGAUGUGCAGAAUUCUGUAUAGUGAUUGGUCAGAUCAGGUCACAUGAUACAGAAUUCUGUGUAAUGAUUGGUCCCAUCAGAUCACAUGAUCAGAAAAAUUGUUUCCUUACUAAAUAAGGUUUGGGUAUAUUCACAGAUAUACUUCUGGUUAAUAUUCAUGGAUAGUGAUGAGUCAUGACAUUUAUGGAUAUACUUGGAUUGAGUCAUGAAUAUUUUUCCAAUGGUUCAAUACCAAAUGAAUGGAUUGGAUGUCUAUUUAGAGCUAUACUUCACAAAACACUCGCCUCCUUUUGAUUAGGACAUUUCAAUGAUAAAAUGUGGCCCCUUUCUUUGCAUUUAUUCAUUACUAUUGAGAAAGGGGUGCACAGAUUAAAUUAUAUAAAAAUAAAGAUCCCUCCAAAUAAAAUGUCUGUAUACCUCAGCUUUGUAAAUGAUCGUCAUAAUGCAAUAUAUAAGUCAUAAUGCAAUAUGUAUAUGUCAUAAUGCAAUAUACAAGUCAUAAUGCAAUAUGUAUAU